AUGGACCUGAGCUUGGUCAAGAAAACGGGCCUCCUCAACUACACUCGCAAAAACAAGAACUGGGUUCUUCUCCUGGCGGCACUGGGUUUCUCUUCCUACGGCGCGUACAAAGUCUACAACUCGCCCUCCAUCUCCAUGAGGCGCAGAAGAUUGCUCAGGCUUCUCGGAGCUUUCCUCUCCAUGGGCGAUGCAAUCUCCAAUUCCGCCGAGACAAUCAGCGUCGUCUCCAACGAAUUCAAGGACUUCAUCAAAUCGGAGUCCGACCGAGUCCCCAACAGCAUGAAUCAGAUGUCGAAACUCUCCAGGUCAAACGAAUUCUCCGAAUCGGUCGUCAUUUUCACGAAAGCCCUAACCGUCGGCAUCUUGACCGGAUACCAACCCACUUCCAAUUCAGGUCCAGGAUUCAUGGACAGCGUAAUCGACAAGCUCGCAACUCCAUCUGGGUCGGGCUUCGUUUCGGCAAUCGUCGGCAGCUUCGCCCGAAAUCUGGUCGCGGCCUAUUACGAGUGCUCUUCAGAACAGGGGAGCGGCGGCUCUGCUUCAGAAUUGAUGGAAUUGCUCUGCAGCCCCAAAAGUAAAGACCUUAUCGCCGACUGCACUCAGCUGUUCGUCAGCACCGCCGUCGCGGUUUACCUCGACAAGACGCUCCACAUCAACUCUUACGAUCAAUUGUUUGCUGGGUUGACAAAUCCGAAGCACGAGGACCAUGUCAAGGAUCUGAUGGUUUCGGUCAGCAAUUCGGCAGUUGCGACUCUGGUGAAGUCCUCCCAUGCCGCUUUGACGGCGGAACCCAAGUGGAAGUCGUCGCGGCGGAAGUCAUCGGCGGAGGGGGAAAGUGGAGACAAUUGGGUGGGGAAGAUGUCGUCGACGCUGGCGGUGCCGAGCAACAGGAAGCUGGUGGUGGAUGUGAGUGGGAAAGUGGUGUUCGAGGCGGUGAGGUCUCUGCUGGAGUUUGUGGUGGAGAGGCUGCGGGAAUGCGUAGGCGCUGUUCAUCAGGCAGUUGUGGAGAAUGGGUUUGAAGCUGCCAGAUUCGUGACGGCGAAAUCGUAUGCUGUGACGGAUUUGUGCCUCUCUUUGUGCUUGAGUGUGCUGGAUUCUGUGACUUGGAUUCUGGUACCGGUGUGA